AGAGCAUAUCGAAUCGAUUAUAACCACUACCUACAUUCCACAAAAUUGUGCAUUGAAUUCAAGGGAUAUGGACUUCAUGACAACGUUGCCCAAGUCUCAGUUUUUGAGGCUGAUGUUUAUGGGAAUAGGUUUCUGGAUUAUGGAGAGUUUGCAUCAGUCACAGUUCACUUGCAAAAAGUGCAGAAUGAUGAACAUCUCAUUAGAGCAUUUAUAUUCUUGAAGUGUAUCAAUAACAAAAAGACCCGCAGCAAAGCGCGGGCCGCCUCACUAGUGGCUACUAUUUCACCAACAAAACUACCUUCGACGGAAGCACCACCGAACAUGGCUCCGCCGGUUUCACCUUGGCACUAUCUGAUUCCAUACCUCUUAGGCAGCCUAUUGAUGAUGGCUAUUCUUGUUGUUUGUGCUCUCUUGAUCUUGGAUUGCUCGAUUUGGAAGCGACACGGAGGAGGCAGCAAUGCCAACAGAGAUUUGGAGCCGGGUGGGGAGUCUGUGAAGGUGUUUAAAGACAAGGUUUUGGUUAUAAUGGCCGGAAAUGAGAACCCUACUUACUUGGCCACCCUGAUUUCAGUUUGCCUUACUAAAAGUACUAGUUUUGAAGAGGAAUCAGAGAAGAUAGAGGGAGAUGAUAAGGAAGAGAACUGUGAGAAAUCGAAAGAGGCAGCAUCAUCAACACCAGUGAGCUAGCUGCUCUGUUUCAGAUUUGGCAUAUUGUUGGCCUUCAAAAUUUUUUUUCGAUUCCUUUCAAUUCUUUUGUCCUUGUUUUUCUAAUUUUUUGUUUUCUGUAGUUUGAUUCGGGAAAUGUGAAUAACUUGAUGAGAGAUAUUUCUUGC